UGAAGAGAAAGAGAAAGCAUCACCCCUCUUCCACUUUGAAACAACAUUAGGGAACCUUGGACUCAACUGUAAAAAAAGCUACUGAGUGCGUGUGUGUGAGUGUGUUAGAGAGUGUGUGUGUGUGUGUUAGUGUGUGUGUGUGUGUGUUCGUGUGUGUGUGUGCGUGUGAGUGUGUGUGUGUGUGUGAGUGUGUGUGUGUGUGUGUGUGCGUGUGAUUGUGUGUGUUUGUGUGUGUGUGUGUGUGUGUGUGAGUGUGUGCCUGUGUGUGAGUGUGUGUGAGAGAAAGAUUUGGGACACAAGGUUUUCUUGUCUUAUGGGUGUGAACACUAGGUGUCGCUGUGUGGCAGCAUGUCCAGGACUCACUUUACUUCUUUUUUUCUUGCUGGACCGCAGCCACCCAUCACAUGGAAACCUCCGACUAUUAAUGUUUCUGAUUAUUCCAGCAUACUUACUUCAACAUACCGUUUACUUAAUGUUCCUCCGAGACUGGAGCUUUACGCAUGACAGGCUCUGCCUUAAAUUAACUUUUCUAUCGCCUACUCACGUUUUUGUUCUCCGUGGGGAAUGGAACUCGCAUGAAGAUGGAAAUCAGUGCAGAAUAUGCAGACAUGCGGUGGAUCUGUGGUUCCUAAUACUUCAUUUGCAUGUCAAUCUUUGUGGUGUGUAUUAUUUCUAAUCUCUGGCCCCAUCUUUUCCUACAUGAGAACUUUUUUCACUUUAGGUGCAGUUUGUGUAGCCCAUGAAAUAAACCUCCCUUUCUUCUUCUUCAGCAUCCCUCGUCAAAGUCCGUCCAGUAUCAAAUUAAAAACAGGAUCCAUGUUGUUUGGUGAUUGCAGCUGGACUCGUCCUCUCCCAUAAACAGAGUUCAAUAAGUGGAGGUGAUUAAAAGGCUCUGUCAUUACUCUUUCACUCGUUAAGACGGCCUCUCGGAUUUCAAGUGUCUCCUUUUACACUCCGGGGCCGCCACAUUCAUCAUGGGACAGGGGCUGGAGUUUUAUUGCCGCCGCUAGAGGUGGAUGCAAAAACAAAAAGUUGAGUGUGGGAUGGACUCAGAGGGCAACUAGCCCCGGUGCACUCCCUCUCUCUCUCAGGGGCUGGGGGAAAAGAAAGGGAAAAGAAAGAGAAAAACGCGAGCCGGGGCAUAUGAGUCCUCUGUUCACUCUUUUUUUUUGUUGUUGACAUAAUUCAACACAUUUCAUAUCCACUUGAAACUGCGGCUCAUCCCUCGACGCUAUAUGGGCGUACCUCUGUGUUGGCUUUUUUUUUCUUUUCUUUUUUUCCCCCCCUUCCCAUCACAGAGGAGUAAGGUGAGGGACGGGGUCAUAACUCCAUAAAUACUUGGUGUGGCACAGACUCCGGAUGGACCCUGGAGGAGGACAUACUGCCGGAGGAGCCCGGCGCACAGGAGCGUAGCGCAGACCUGUCUGCAGGCUGAGCCCACCUCUGUGAGAGGGUCGACUGGUGGAGCAGAGGAACACGACAGCCCCCUCCUCAGUUACCACCGCGGGACGCUGUGGCGCGUCUGGCUGAUAUGGAGAGUCUAUGAUUCCGUCCUGGCAGAGGUAUAAAUGGCUGUACUCUUCUCCCCGAGUGCGAUGUAGUUCCCCCUCACACUCCUGAGCGGGCUAUUCGUCACGAUGACGGCGCUGACACCUCUGAACCGCGCGGUGCUCGGACUCGCGUGGAGCUGCCUGAGCUUUCUGUCCUGCGCGCACUGCGGGCUGACUGACAACCAUGUGCACUCCAGCUUCAUCUACAGGCGCCUGCGCAAUCACGAGCGCAGGGAGAUCCAGAGAGAGAUCCUCUCCAUCCUGGGCCUGCCCCACCGACCGAGGCCCUUCUCCCCCGGGAAGCAGGCGUCCUCGGCGCCGCUGUUCAUGCUCGACCUGUACAACGCGAUGGCCGUGGAGGAGGAGGAGGCGGCGGCGCGCCAGGGCGCGGCGAAGGGCCUCAGUGCCAGGGCCCCGGGGACACCCAGGAAGGGCCUCCACGGCCCGCAGCACGCCGGGUACACCCGCGUGGCGCAGCCCUACCGGGCGGCCCCUCUGCUGGGCCACAGCCCCGCGCUCCCCGCGGCGCACGACACCAACUUCCUCAAUGACGCAGACAUGGUUAUGAGUUUUGUCAAUUUGGUGGAGAAAGAUAAAGAUUUUUCACACCAGCGAAGACACUACAAGGAGUUCCGUUUUGACCUGACUCAGAUCCCAGAUGGAGAGGCCGUGACGGCUGCGGAGUUUCGGAUCUAUAAGGACGGGAGUCAUGCCCGCUACGACAACAUCACUCUGAAGGUUACCAUAUAUCAAGUCAUCAAGGAAUAUCAAAACAAAGAUGCGGAGACGUUCUUGCUCGACUCCAGGAAGGUCCAGGCGUCCGACGGGGGCUGGCUGGUGUUUGACCUCACGGCCACCAGCAACCACUGGGUGAUGAACCCACAGCAGAACCUGGGCCUGCAGCUCUGCGUGGAGACGGCAGAUGGACGAAGUAUCAACAUAAAAUCUGCUGGAAUCAUUGGGAGAAACGGGCCCCAGUCCAAACAGCCAUUCCUGGUUGCUUUCUUCAAGGCCAGUGGGGUACUGCUUCGCUCAGUCAGAGCCGCCGGCGGGAAAAAAAAGAGCCACAAUCGCAAUAAAUCCACUAAUCAACAAGAAUCAUCCAGGGCACCAAAGGCUGGAGAUUAUAACACCAGUGAACAGAAGCAAGCCUGUAAGAAGCACGAACUCUACGUCAGCUUUCGGGAUUUGGGUUGGCAGGAUUGGAUCAUUGCACCCGAGGGCUACGCCGCUUUCUACUGUGAUGGCGAAUGCUCGUUUCCUCUCAACGCACACAUGAACGCGACAAAUCAUGCAAUCGUGCAAACCCUGGUCCAUCUAAUGUUUCCUGACAACGUGCCAAAGCCGUGUUGUGCCCCAACCAAGCUCAACGCAAUAUCAGUACUUUACUUUGAUGACAGCUCAAACGUUAUCCUCAAGAAAUAUAGGAACAUGGUGGUGAGGUCCUGCGGUUGCCACUAGUGGCUGGACUGACUUUAAUUUAUGUAAUCUGCUAUGGGAAUCGCUGGAAAACACAUCUGCUGCAGGUGUGAUGUGAUGUACAGUAUAAUGUAUAUAAAGUUUUACUACCUAAUUUAUUUUCUUUUUUUUAAAUAGCACUGAAUAUUGUGAUAUUUGAUUGAUUAGGAGAAAAUUAUUUUUAAUUCACACCAGUUAUCUUGUUACUUUUGUGUCCGUUGGCAUAUACUCCCUCUUAUUUACAUCUGUAUGAUAGCUUGUACGAGUAAAGUAUUCACUGGAGUCAUUAUAAUACAUAAAGUCCAUUCCCUUUCUGCUUGUUUUUACCAUUUUUCAGUAGAAAGCGUGUUGUAAAAUGCACAUUGAGCUAUGUAGAAUUACACUCGGAGGACAGUGGAUGAAAUGUUUUUUCUUCAAUGCUAAUUUUGUCGUUUUUCUCCGUAAUGGACCAACAAACAAUACAUUUAUUAAUUUGACAAACAGGGAGCACCUCAUGAUUAUGCUCUUAGCACAAACAUCACAACUUGAACAGGCUGCUGGAAAUAUUUAAAAUAAAAUUGGAUCACUGGGAAGAAAAACAAACAGUGAGUGUUCUCUAAUAUAAACCAAACCGCCCAAAGCUAUUUUCAAGCUGUCACCGUCUUUCAGCACUGAUACUGUUUCACCUUUUCCUUGUCAGCUUUUUUUCUUCUUCUUUUUUUUCUUCAUAAGAGUGUGUUUUCAGAAGGGGAUUGUGUCGGUCUGGAAUGAAACUCUUAUUGCGUGGAGUGUUCACUUGCGAAUGCUUUACAAUUGAAGUCAUCUUUUACACAAACGUUAAAGUAAAUCUCUUCCCCUAAACACUGAUCCUCCUUCCUCCGUGGAAUCAAAGCUGCAAUCGCCCCAUGCAAAUUACUAGUUUUUGUUUGAGGAAGCUAUAUCUUAAUGCAGUGUUGUGUAUUUUAAAUAAAUCUACCACUUGAAAA